AUGGAUCAGGAGGACAUUGAAGAUAUCAAAUAUGUUCUUAACAAUAAACGAAUAUCACCAGUGCAAUUUAUACGCGAUCGAGAACUUGGUAUACGUGGAACGCUUGAACGCGUUGCGAUACAUAGAGUGUAUAUAAAGAAUGAAUCUAUUUAUCCCUGGCCUUAUCACGUGAGACAGGAAAUAUAUACCAUGGCAUUGAAUCAGUGUCCGAAUGAUGAAAUCGCUAAAAAGAUGCUACGUGAAUACGAUACUAUGUACAUUAAAAUUCCUGCUGAGGAACGCGAGCUCUUGGAGCAAGCGAACAGAGUCGUUACUUUGGGCGAGUGUUUUACGUGGUUGCAGCGAUGUGAUGAGUGUGUACAACGGCUCGAGGAACAUAGCCGCGUCAAGCGUCCUCGGCUCGCCGUCGGAUAUAAACAAUCGUUGGUGGCGAGAAUCGCGCGACUCGAGGGUGAAAAGACAAGAUUACAAAGAUGUUUCGUGCACGUCGGCGGUGAUUACGCGAGUGAUAACGCGGAAAGACUCGUGUGGCGCGAGAUAGAUACCGCGUUUGAGAAUCGCGUGCUGACCGGUGCGGUUAUCAAUACUAACUAUAUCGAGCCGCGACAAUUUCUCGAAGACGCCGGGGGUAUAGUGCUCGAGCGUGUGCGGGGCGCUCUACAAAAACACAACUGUGUAAAAGUAAACACCGCGUUCAACGGUGUAUUUGUGACUGGUGAAAAAAGCGCUAAUAAGAGUAUCACCACAAAAAAUUGUGAACUCUUUCAAACGUUGGAUUUAGACCAAUGGUACGAGCGGUGUGUCAUCGAGCCCACGUUAGCGUCACUUGAAGAGUUUCAAGAACGCGAUAGCGGGUGGGCGCUUUCACGAAUUCUCAAUUUAACUGUAAACGUGAACAAAUAUAAUCCUCUACACGCGGGAUGUUACGUAACAUUGCCGCGAGAAAUAAUGUUGAAAAAAGCAGUUGUGAACAUUAAAUCGAAGGACAAUGCGUGCUUUGCAUGGUCAGUGAUCGCCGCUCUAUAUCCUACAAAGAAACAUAGUGAUAGAAUGUCAUUGUACCCUCAUUAUACGACAGUCUUAAAGUUCGACGACAUCAAGUUUCCCGUUAUAUUAAAAGACAUUGGGAAAUUUGAGAGACUCAACGAUGUGUCGGUCAACGUGUACGGGAUCGAAGAGGAUAAAAUUUUUCCACUACGGCUCACGGAUAACAAGAGGGAGAAGCAUGUCAAUCUUUUGUACGUGCAAGAUCCGGGGGAUAACAACGUGGGUCACUUCACAUGGAUCAAAAAUCUGUCCCGCCUGGUGGGAUCGCAAUUGAGCAAACAUGUAUGCAAGAAAUACAUUUGCGAUCGAUGCCUACAUUACUUCAGUUCCGAUGAAAAGUUACAAUCGCACAAUGUGGACUGCCAAAAGUUGAAUGACUGUGCUGUCGAACUACCAGAUGAAAAAGAUAAGUGGCUGAGCUUCCGUAACAUACACAACAAGGAACGAGUGCCCUUCGUCGUAUACGCCGAUCUCGAAUGUGUGCUGCGGAAGAUGCAACCUGACACGGAGUCGACGACAUACGCCUACCAACAACACGAGGUAUAUAGCAUAGCGUAUUAUGUGCGAUGUUCGUACGACGAUACGUUAUCCGUGUAUCGGUUUCGUCGCGAUCCCGAUUGCGUGUUGUGGUUCGCUAAGCAACUUGAAGAUUUAGCACAUAACGUUAAGAUUCGUUUAUGCGCCAAUGUCCCCAUGGGGAUGUUAUCGAAAGAACAAUUAGAGGCAUACCGUAGCGCGACACAUUGCCAUAUUUGCGAAAAACCGUUUGCGCCGGAUGAUAAGCGGGUGCGCGAUCAUUGCCAUCUGACCGGUCGUUACCGCGGUCCCGCGCAUUCGCUUUGCAACCUCUAUUAUCAAAAUGUGCUAUACAUACCGGUAGUCUUCCAUAAUUUAUCCGGAUACGAUUCUCAUUUUAUUAUCAAGGAAAUAGCCACAGCUCUUGAGAAAUUAGCAUCAUUUCUGGAUAAAGAAAAUUUAAAAAUUGUACGUUCCGAAUUUUUACACUUAUCCGACGCAGAAUUUGAUUUAUUGACACGGAAAGGCGUAUUUCCAUACGAGUACAUUGACCGCGUCGAAAAAUUGGAAGACACAUGUUUACCACCACUCGAAUCCUUUUAUAGUUCUCUGACCUCCAAUACAGUAUCCGAGAGCGAUUACGCACACGCCGUCAACGUCUGGCAUCGGUUCUCAAUUCGAACGUUGGGUGAAUAUAGCGAUCUAUAUCUGAAAACGGAUGUCUUGUUGUUAGCUGACAUUUUUGAAAAUUUCCGCGAUAAAUGUUUAGAAAGUUACGGUCUCAAUCCCGCGCAUUAUUACACUCUCCCCGGAUACACGUGGGACGCUAUGUUAAAAUAUACCGAUAUUACUUUUGAAUUGCUUACGGACAUAGACAUGAUAAUGUUUAUCGAACGCGGUAUACGCGGUGGUCUGAGUCAAUGUUCAGGCAGAUACGCACAGGCUAACAACAAACAUAUGCAGACGUACGACCCAUCGAAACCAUCGUCGUACCUUAUGUACUUUGACAUUAAUAAUUUGUACGGCUGGGCGAUGUGUCAGCCGUUACCCUACACUGAAUUUCAAUGGGUCGAAGACGUUUCAAAUUUCGACGUGAACGCUAUCGCUCCGGAUUCACCCACGGGAUACAUUCUCGAGGUCGAUCUCGAGUAUCCUCGAGACCUUCACGAUCGGCACACUGACCUACCUUUCUGCCCGACGCGCGAUAAACCGCCCGGCAAGCGAGAAUGUAAACUUCUCGCCACGCUCUACGAUAAAAAGCGUUACAUCAUACAUUACCGAAACUUACAGCAGUGUACGCGUCACGGUCUUUGUAUCGCAAAGAUACACCGCGUAUUAAAAUUCGCGCAAUCUCCAUGGCUAUGUAAAUACAUAGAAUUAAACACGCAAUUCCGAACUCGCGCCAAAAAUGAUUUUGAAAAAAACUUGUAUAAAUUAAUGAAUAACGCGGUAUUCGGGAAAACCAUGGAGAAUGUGCGUAAUCACGUUGACGUUAAAUUAUUGACGAAAUGGAAAGGUCGGUAUGGUGUAGAGGCAAUGAUCGCGAAACCGAAUUUUCAUAGUCGUAGCAUUUUUUCAGAGAAUCUUAUUGCCGUUGAACUAAAAAAACUCAAGAUAAAAUUCAAUAAACCGAUUUACGUAGGCAUGUGCAUUUUAGAUAUUUCUAAGACGUGUCUGUACGAAUUUCAUCACGAGUACAUGCUACCUCUUUAUCGCGACAAAUGUAAAGUCAUGUAUACUGACACCGACAGUCUCGUAUACCAUGUCGAGUGCGAUGAUGUUUAUGAGACGAUGAAACGUGAUAUCGCUAGAGCAAAAAUGUACGCGUUGAAGGUGGACGGGAAAAAAGACACCAAAAAAGCAAAAGGUGUAAAGAAUAACGUAAUAGCGCGAGCCAUAACGUUCGAAGAUUACACCCGCUGUUUGAGAGAUGAGAUCGAGAUGACGCGUUGCCAGUCGUGUAUACGAUCCAAGUUACACGAAGUAUACACGGUAGCCGAAACGAAAAUUGCUCUAAGUCCGUACGACGACAAGAGAUAUCUCGUACCCGAUUCAAUCGAAACGUUACCGUGGGGACAUUAUCGGAUACCCUUAUAA